AAAAGAUAGUGAUCAAAGGAAGCCCAUGGCGUCACUUUCUACCGUAAAACCAUCUGCCGCCAUAAAGGGAGUCGGUGGCAGCUCACUCUCCGGAGCCAAGCUCUCCUUCAAGCCUUCCCGCCUAAGCAUCAAACCCAAAUCCAUUCGGUCUGGUGCUGUGGUGGCCAAGUAUGGAGACAAGAGUGUCUACUUUGACUUAGAAGAUUUGGGAAACACAACAGGUCAAUGGGAUCUAUACGGCUCUGAUGCUCCUUCUCCUUACAACCCUCUUCAGAGCAAGUUCUUUGAGACCUUUGCUGCACCAUUCACAAAGAGAGGAUUGCUCCUCAAGUUCUUGAUUCUUGGAGGAGGCUCUUUGCUUACUUAUGUCAGUGCUUCAUCCACCGGUGAUGUUCUUCCUAUAAAGAGAGGUCCUCAGGAGAAGCCUAAGCUUGGUCCCCGCGGCAAGCUCUGAUUUAGAUUCAUGCAUGUUUGUUACCUUCUUUACCUCCUUCUCAAUACUGCAAACUACUUAAUAUGUAUAUUAUGUUUCUCUAUUACAUUUGAAACGAUUCUCCUUCCAUAAUUUUACAAAAGAAAACCUUUUCA